ACACACUGACGCCUCAAACUGAAUGCAUGAGUGAGAUGAGGGGUGAGAAAGAGAGCAGCAAAGCAGUGAGUGUGUGUGUGUGAGAGAGAGAGAGCGAGCGAGAGUCACAGAGAUGAGUUCCACUCCACCCACAUCCAUCCGUGUCCAAUGUGAGGGGGAGGUGAAACAGUUGAGAGCUUACUGUGCUAUUAACUGGCAUUAUUUAGUUGCCUCAGUCUGGAGACGAGACUAGUCAAGACUGCUCCUCAUCAGAAUUCCACCCAGUUGGAGCAACAAUGGCUUCCCAUGUAAAACUCCGGAAGGAGAGGGUUGGUAUGGUGGACUACGACACACAAAUCAAAGAGAUUCGUUGCCAGCUUACAGACCAACUGAAGGUGCUGGACUUGCAACUUGAGCAGAAGAGCCAGCAGCUGCAGGACCUGACAGACUACCUGAGGCGACGGGGUGAGAUUGAAAGCGAGUAUGCCCGCUCCCUGGAGAAACUUGCUGAAAGGUUCACUUCCAGAAUCAAGAGGAAGGAUCCCAGCAAUCACUCAGUGGCACAGGUCUGGCUGGUUCUACUGUCCCAGACCCGCCAAGAAAGUAGAAACCAUAAUGGACUGAGUGAAAGCUGCAGCAACUUCCUCAUCCAGCCCCUCAUGCAUUGUCUGGAAUACACACAACGCCUAGCAAAGAAGAGCAAAGAAAUCUGUGCUCAGCUACAAGACGGACUGCUCAAGGUUACCAUGGAGCUACAGACGGCAUGGCGGACAUACUACCAGUACCACUCAGACUAUGUGUGUGCAGAGGGGAAGCUGAAGGAAGCUGAGAAACAGGAGGAAAAGCAGAAGCAGAGUGCUGCCAAGAAACUGGAGAGGUUGAUAGAAAAGAGGCAAGGUAAAGUUCAAGAGAUUUAUCUGAAGUGCAGCAAGGCCCGAAAUGACUACCUCAUUAACCUGGAUGCAGCCAAUGCCUCCAUGAAUAAGUACUACCUCCAAGACAUCUCUACUCUCAUCGAUUGUGCAGAUAUAGGCUACCAUCUGUCUUUGGGCCGGGUGAUGCAAGCCUACCUUUCCAGACGGUGGAGGGCUCAACAGAACCUGAGCACGGGGCUGCAGCAGCUUCAAGGGGCUGUUUCUGGACUGGACCAGAGCCAAGACAGAGACAUCCUCCUGCAGGACCAUUAUAACACCUUUUCUAUGCCUCUUAAGUUCACCUAUCAGCCCCACGAUGGGGACCAGGUUUCUGAGGUUCGUGCAGAGUGUGAGAUGAGGUGCGAGCUGGAGACCAGAUACAGACAGAUACAGACCAGACUGAAAGCAGUCACCCAGGAAACAGAGGAGGCUAGUAAGAACAUGUCAGCAGCCCAGUCUUCCCUGCUGGAGAAUGUCAGUGAUGAUGAUCUGGAUCCCAGUGGUGGCAGCGGUUCGUCUCAGGACGGCAGCACUGAAAACCUGACAGUCAAGCCCAGUGUGGCCCGGCGUAGGGCCAACUUACAGGAAAUAGAAAACCUCUACUUCGCUAGGGUAAAAGAGUACCUUGUUGGGAGCUCCCUGAUCUCUAAACUGCAGGCCAAACAUGACCUGCUUAAAGUGGCUGUCGAAAAAGCUGAAGAAUCAAACACACAUCAACCCAGACACAUUGGAAAGUCAAUGCGUGUCAGGAAGAAUCACUCUAGUGCCAAUUUGAUGCACAACCACAAACUUUUCGGUGGAGACAUGCUAUCCUUCAUACAGGCAUCAGGACAACAGAUUCCAAUUGUUGUGGAAAGUUGCAUUCGCUUUAUCAACCUCAAUGGUCUCCACCAUGAAGGGAUAUUUAGAGUGCCUGGGUCUCAGAUGGAAGUCAACAACCUGAGGGAUGCAUUUGAGCGAGGAGAGGAUCCCCUGGCUGAGCAGAGAUAUGACCUGGACUCUGUGGCUGGAGUGUUGAAGCUCUACUUCAGAGGACUGGAGAAUCCCCUCUUCCCCAUCGACAGCACCAACCAGCUCCUGGAGCAUGCUCAAUUAAAGAAUGAGGCAGAGAAAGCAGCUCAGCUCAAAACUGUCAUCUCUUCCUAUCCUGAGCCUGUCAUCAUUGUCAUGAGAUACCUCUUUGCAUUCCUUCAUCAUGUGUCACAGUACAGUGACGAGAACAUGAUGCAGCCUUACAACCUGGCUGUGUGUUUUGGCCCCAGCCUGGUCAGAGGGGCUCAAGAUGACGAUGUUGUCACCCUGCAGCCUCAGAUCAAUGCUCUGGUGAAGAGCAUCAUCCUCCAGCAUGAAAGCAUCUUCCCCAGCCAGAGUGAAGUACAAGGACCGGUGUAUGAGAAAUGCAUGACACUGGAACAGGAUGACUGUGAACCUAUUAAUGAAGAAGAUGUAGAAGCAGAGUACACUCAAGGUAAAGACGAGCUGGAGACAGGAUCCUCAGCUGAGUCUGCAGCACCCCCACAGAAAAGAGCAGAACGUCCUAGAGCCAACAGCAGCGGCUCCAUUGACCAAAAUAGGUUAACAGCUGGACCAGCAGGGGGCGGCGUCACUUCAGGAGGAAAGUUAAUGCUUCAGAUUCCCGUUGGGCCACAGAGCAAGCCACGGCGGGUCCCCUCUCCUUGCUUUGUGCGCAGAGACUUCCAAGAAAACUCAUCUUCUGAGGAUAUUGUUGUGCAAGUGGAUAAGGAGGUCUGCCGCCAGAUGGACUCUGUCUUCAAGGAGCUCCUCUCACGGCAGGCGCUGCAGGAACCCUCCUCCACCGCCUCCUCUCCCUCUGUCCAAACUGCCCAAAAGAAAGGGAAGCGGGAAGGACGCAAGGGGAGGGGAGGAGGGCUCUUUAAAGCAGGAGACCCACUGGACUGAGAGGACUGGCAUCAGUAGAUGACAUGAAAAGCGAGAGGGAGAGAUGAUACAAAUGAAAACUGAGGUGUAGGGUGAUGUGUUCUGACAGUAGCUUUCAGCACAUCUAUUUCUAGAAAACUGAGAUCACUGACCCACAGCCACUUCUCAGAGGUCUCUGUGAUUGGUCCGGGCUUCUUUCCACAGGGUGGCUCCCUACUCAGAAGCCCUUUCAUUCAUGUUUUGUGCAGCUGAUCCCUGUUGUGGCUGCAGAUCUGCAUUACAGUGUGGAAACUGUGGAUCACUUGAAAUGCAGGGGUUAGGGUUAAUGUUUGUGUUCAGCUGAAUGUAUGUAAGCUACUUAUGACUUUAUAGCUGCAUGGGUGUUGAUACUCAGCUCUUUCCUGUUUAAGCCAAAUUUUCUCAGUGUUUUUUUUCAGUACAUGCACAUCUACACACAGUCCCACUUACAUUAAUCUAAUGUCUGUUUACCAAAAUAAGAAGUCAGAAAGUCGAAACUGUGAAUACUGUAGCUGUAAGGAAUUUGUAUAUAUUAAUUAUUUGUAAGGAUUUGUUGAAAAAACUAUGACUUGUCUGUACAUCUCGGCUGCAUGCCAAAUAAAUAUUUUGUCUAUU